AUGAUCUAAAAAACUGAAUACUUUGUCAAUGAAGAUUAAGAAAGAGAAUAUAGAAUUCAAAGUAAGAAUAGUAUACAUUAAUUAAAGGGAUGGAAAAAUAAUUAAUUGAAAAUUAGUUUACUAAAUAAACAUAUCCCAAAAAAUAUGAUUAUACACUAUAAAAAAGUGAUUAUGCUGUUCCAAUUAAUUAAUUGGAUUAUAAAUCAUUUUAUCAAUCUUAUAUGCCUUAAGAUUAGAAAUAGAUAAGCCUUUAAAAUAUAUAAGUUGUUUAAAAUAAAGCUUCAUCAUUUAUAUUUAGCCAUGAUAAUAAUAAAAAAGAAUUAACUCCAAAUAAAAAACAACAAUAAUUAUUAUAUAGAGAUAUUUUAUAAAAAUAAGUUGAAGAAAAAUAAAUAUAAUUAAAAUAGUAAAAAGUGAAGCACGAAUGCACUGAUCUCUUUACAAAUAAUUUGUAAAACAUAACAAAUAAUAAGAUUAAUAAUUUAAGUAAGUCAGAAUAUUAGAAUUAUUUAUAAUUAUAAAUAUAAGAAAAAUAAGGCAGUAAUAAAAUAUUUGAUUCUCCUAAUAAAAAUUAAUAAUAAGUUGAGGAAUAGAAUUAAGAUAAAAAUUCUAAAGGAUCAAAAGAAUUUUAAAUAAUUUAGAAGUAAUUAAAAUAAUAUUAGGAAGAAAAAAAAUAAAAGGAUAGAAAACUUUUACUGCAGUAGAAAUUUGAGUAGUCAACGUCAAUUCAUGAGAAAACAAAGGAAAAGACUUAUUCUCCUGAGUUUCAUAAUAGAAAGAGAAAUUUUAUCUAAGAAGAUGAAGACGAAAAAGCAAGAACUCAGCAAUAAAAAAGUGUUGUAUCCAAAAUAUUGACUGAAUAAAUAUAAGAAAAAUAAAAAAAAAGGAAUGAAGAGAAAAAAUAAUAGGAGACAGAAGAUAAAUUGGCUGAAGAGAGAUGGAAAAAUGAGGUUUAAAUGAUGAAAGAGGAGAAAAAAAAAGAAGAAGAACUUAAAAAGGAAUAAUAAGGAAGUAAUUGAAUUAUGAUUAAUAAUUUUAUUUAGAAAUUCAAUAAGAGAAUAUUAGAAUGCAUUAAAUGAGGCUUAAGCAAUAAUAAGGUAAAAAAAGGAGCAAUUCGAAUUCACUAUAAUAAUCAAAGAAUGAAGAAGAGUUUAAAGAAGAACUUAAAAUGAUUCAAUAAGAAAUAGAAGAAUAAUAAUAUUAUUAAUAAUAAUAAUAAUAAUAAUAAUAAUAAUAAUAAUAAUAAUAAUAAUAAUAAUAAUAAUAAUAAUAAUAGAUAUAGUAAUAAUAUUAAUAAUAAAUAGAGUAAUAAUAAUAUUAAUAAUAAUAAAUUAUCUCAAAAAAUGAAUAGGAGGAAGAAAUAUCAUAAUAAUAUUAUUAAUAUGCAGAAUAGAAUAUUAAACCAAAUAAAACAAUAAGUUUUAUUGAUUAAUAGAAUUUAGAAUUAGACUAAAUAAAACAUUAGAUGAUAGAAUAAUAAUAGUAAUUAGAAAGACAAAUUCAUGCUGCAAAAAGUUUGGCUUAAAUAGGAUUAUUAGAAGGGAAGAAUAGAAUAGAAAAAGAAUUCAUAAUUUAAACAGGUAGAUAUAAUAAAUACUUUAAUGAAGAUUAUUCAAUAGGAUUGUUAAAUAAAAAUUAAAGUAAAUAUUAAUAUGAAUUACCCUUUCUGUUUAAUUAAAAAAUUUAGCAUGAUUAUUUAUAUACAGAUAAUCUUUUAGACAAAGUUCAUAUAAAUGGUAAAUCUACAUUGAUUCCAAUAUCUACUCAGCUUAACAAAAAAAAUCCAUCAACAUAUUAGAUAUCAACAGAUUAAUAACAAAAUUAAGCUAGGUCGAAAUCUAUUUCUCAAAAUUCCAAAUAACAUUUUCAUACUUAACUAUUAGAUUCACAAAAUCUUAAGUAAAAUGAUGCUUUGAGUAAAUUGCUUUUAGAGUAUCAUGAAUGA